GGGAGUGAUAAAGAGCCACAACUAGGAGGGAUUAGACCCGAUGGUCAUUUCUUUAGGCAGGAAAUCUAGCGAGGAGAAAUCUGUCAUGUUAUCGUGCAGCAGUUUAGCUGUGAGCUAAAGCAACGCUGAUCUCACCACGCCAAGCAGCAAUCAUCGGGUUUUGGUCAGCACAGUGAAGCAUUCGCACACAGUCGUGCAUGAUUUUGUGUGUGUGUGUGUGUGUGUGUGUGUGUAUCUGCAUUGAAAUCCGUUCGCUUUUUUUAAAAACAGUGCAUUCCCUUUUUUUCUAAGGUGAAUACUUCUUCAACACAGAAUGGCUUGGAGUACUGUUUUGUGAUGUUUGGAUGAUGGCGGAGGGACAGGCGAUCAAACCUGGAUCGGGAUCGUUGCUAAAUCCAGCCGCUAUACUGGCAUCAGAUUCGGCGUCCGAACUGCCUGGGUACAACAACGAUCCGCAUCAUUCUACCCGGGCUUUCUUGGAGGUUGCCGGAGGAGCGGAUCCUGUUUUCUCCAACGGGAGGUGUAAGGAGGAUGGGAGCUCCCAUUCCGGGAGCCGCAGCAGCAGCAGCCGGGAGAAUUCUGCGGAAAGGAAUCCGGCUAAGCCGCGAAGCAGCAUCAUGAAGGACGGGUCCCGUCAGAGGCAGGUGCGGAAGAAGACGGUCUCCUUCAGCUCCAUGCCCAACGACCGCAAGAUCAACAGCACGGCGGCCUGCCUGUCCUUCAUGGUGGAGGGCUGUGAGAUGAAGAAAGUGCGCUCCAACUCCCGGAUGUACAACCGCUACUUCAUCCUGGACCCGGACAUGAGGUACCUGCGGUGGGAGCCCUCCAAAAAGGACUCUGAGAAAGCCAAGCUGGAGAUCAAAACCAUCAAAGAGGUGCGGCUUGGCAAGAAGACCCCCGUGCUCCGCAGCAACGGCCUCUCGGAUCAGUUUCCUGACGAGUGCGCCUUCUCAAUCAUAUACGGGGAGAAUUACGAAUCCCUGGACUUGGUAGCAAGCUCGGCGGAUAUCGUGAACACUUGGGUGAUGGGUCUGAGGUAUCUCGUGUCCUAUGGGAGGCACGCUGUCGAGGCCAACCCAACGAGCCUGAGGACCUCCUGGAUCUCCUCUGUGUUUGAGGUCGCUGACUUUGAGAAAGAUGGCCAGAUCGUCUUGUCUAGGGCUGUCCAGAUCAUCAAAGGGCUGAACCCAGGAAUGAAGGCUUCCAGGAUUGAGCUGAAAUUUAAGGAGCUGCAGAAAUCCCAGGGUAGGUGCGGAGAGGACAUCACAAACGAGAUCUUCACCGAGGCCUACUGUGAGCUGUGCACCAGGCCGGAGAUCUUCUUUCUCCUCAUGCAGUUCUCCAGCAACAAGGAGUAUCUGGACUGUAAAGAUCUGAUGCUCUUCGUGGAGGUGGAGCAAGGCAUGGAAGGGGUGACGGAGGAGAUGUGUGCGGAGAUCGUCAACAAGUAUGAGCCAUCCAUGGAAGGCAGGGAAAGGGGCUACCUCUCCAUCGAUGGCUUCACCCGCUACCUCCUCUCUUCGGAGUGCCACAUCUUCGAUCCCCAGCACAAGCGGGUCUGCCAGGACAUGACCCAGCCAUUGUCUCACUACUACAUCAACUCAUCCCACAACACCAGCCUCUUGGAGGACCAUUUCUGGGGUUCCUCGGAUAUAAGGGGCUACAUCCGGGCCUUGAAAAUGGGAUGCCGGAGCUUAGAGCUUGUGGUGUGGGAUGGUCCAGAUAACGAGCCUCUAAUAUACGUCGGACACUCUGUGUCAUCACAGGUUGCCUUCUGCAAGGUUAUUGACGUGAUCAAUCAGUAUGCGUUUGAAGCGUCCGAGUACCCAUUGAUUCUCUGCUUGGUGACGCACUGCUCAGUCCGGCAACAGAAGGUCAUGGCUCAACACAUGAAGAAGAUUCUCGGGGAUAAACUCUAUCUAGACCCACCUGACACGGAAGAUAAUUAUUUGCCCUCUCCCAAUAAGCUCAAAGGGAAAAUCCUCAUUAAAGGUAAGAAGUUUCCCCCAAACUACCCCGAUUCUGAAGGAGAUGUCACUGACGAAGAUGAAGGGGUGGAGAUGUCUAGAAGGUUUGGAGAAGAGGAUAAGGACCAGAUGAACGGAAGGCUAAGGCUCUGCAAAGAGCUUUCUGACCUGGUCUCCCUGUGCAAGUCCGUCCAGUUUAAAGACUUUGAGGUGUCCAAGAGAUACCAGAAAUACUGGGAGAUAUGUUCGUACAAUGAGGUGGACGCUAAUAGGUUCGCCAACGAAUACCCGGAAGACUUUGUAAGCUACAAUAAGAGGUUCCUCUCAAGGGUGUACCCAAGUCCGAUGAGGAUUGAUGCCAGUAACAUGAACCCCCAGGACUUCUGGAAAUGUGGCUGCCAGAUGGUCGCCAUGAACUACCAGACCCACGGAUUGAUGAUGGAUCUCAACAUUGGCUGGUUCCGCCAGAACGGGAACUGUGGCUAUGUGCUUCGGCCAGCUAUCAUGAGGGAGGAGGUAUCCUACUUCAGUGCCAACGCAAAGGACUCCCUGCCCGGGGUCUCGGCUCAGCUGCUCCACAUGAAAAUCAUUAGCGGUCAAAACCUACCCAAACCUAGGGGCUCCGGUGCCAAAGGAGAUGUAGUGGAACCUUAUAUCUACGUGGAGAUUCACGGCAUCCCAGCCGACUGCACGGAGCAAAGGACUAAAACCGUCACUCAGAAUGGAGACAAUCCGAUUUUUGAUGAGAGUUUUGAGUUCCAGAUCAACCUCCCAGAACUGGCAGCUUUGCGCUUCGUAGUCCUGGAUGAUGACUACAUAGGGGACGAGUUUAUCGCACAGUAUACCAUCCCCUUUGAAUGCCUCCAGCCUGGGUACAGGCAUGUGCCUCUCCAGUCUUUGACCGGAGAGUUCCUGGUGAACACCACACUGUUUGUCCACAUAGCUAUCACAAAUCGGAGAGGAGGUGGCAAAGCGCACAAGCGGGGUCUGUCGGUACGGAAAGGAAGGAAAGCGCGGGAGUAUACGUCUACUAGAACUACCGGGAUCAAGGUCAUCGAUGAGGUCUUUAGGGCAGCCACGCAGCCACUUCGAGAGGCUACUGAUCUCCGGGAAAAUGUGCAGAACGCCAUGGUCUCCUUCAAGGAGCUGUGUGGCCUGACCCCUGCUGCCAACAUGAAGCAGUGCAUUCUGACUGUGUCGACCUGGCUGCUGAACAGUGACAACACCGUGCUGGUGACUCUGAACCUGAGUGGGCACUAUCCAGCUAUGGAGAUACAGGGACCAAUCCCUGAGCUGCUUCGUAAGGUACUCACCGCCUAUGAGACGAUGACUCAGACCAGCCGGACUCUGAUCGAAUCCGCGGACGCUGUCUAUGCCAAGAUCAUGCAGACUCAGAGGACUGGAAUGGAUUUCCAUGAAGAUUUGCAUAGGAUAGGAGCUAAGGAGGGGCUGAAGGGAACGAAGAUGCAGAAAGCCAUGGAGAGCUUUGCCUGGAACAUCACAGUAUUGAAGGGCCAAGCGGACCUGCUGAAACACGCCAAGCACGAGGCCCUGGACACCCUGCGGCAGAUUCACUACGCUGCGCAGUCCUGUGGUCUGAGCAGCAGCUGUGCCUCCCCUGACCUGCUCCGCACGCGGCCGGCGCUGGAGCCCAUUCCUGAGACAGAGAAAAGGAGUGACACCGGGUCCUGCUGACCCAGGAGAGAGAGAGGGAGGAGGGCACGUAGAGAGAGCAGAGAGGAGGGCUCCCCCUGCGAACUAGCCACCUUGAAACAAACAUGCAGUCCCUCAGUCCAUCUCUAGAACUGCUCUGAAGGAAUUUGGAUAAAAGCACUUUGUGGAUGGUUGAUAGCCAGCAACAAUCAAUGUGAAGCCUGUGACUGGUCAGCAAGUUGAUCCUUACUGGCACAGUCAUGCCAACCCCAGACCAAGCUCAUCUAAUCCUGAACUUCGACCCCUGUUCCACAGCUUUCUCGUUCUUUGGUUGGAGACGUGCUGAAGCAGGUGGAGCAUUGGCCAGUUUUACGAGCAAAGGAACACCUUUAAACGAACAGGUUUUUAAAACUCAAAGCACUCUUAAAUGCUGAUUUGAACUAAAUCUUGUGCAUCGAGUGUUCAUUUCACCCCCCAAAAAACACAUUAAAUAUUAACAGCAACUGGAACUAUUAAUAUGACUUAUAUUCCAUUUUUUUCCUAUACUGUACAACCACCCCACACUUAUUUAAUGUAUCACUCGGGGCACACGUUAGGGUUAUUGUGUGCAAAACUUAAAAAAAAAAAAACACAACUUUUAUUCUGUUAAUGGCUACCGUGAAUCUUGUAUGAUUAACAAACUGUAGCAGGACUAUUAAAAAUCUGUAAUUCUCUUUA